GCCGACCAGCAACAUGCAACAAGACGCUGUGGCGGUUGUGGUCGUGUUUGUAGCCAACAUCCUCGCGUAUGGCUUUCGGAGUCUCCUACCUAGCACUCCGUUAACCGCACAAGCGUUUUUGCUCGACUCGAUUGCGUCGUCGACCACCCAAUCGUCGUGGAAACUGUUCGGAGUGCUGGAAUCGACCUUCAUCGCGACGUACGCCCUCUCGUUCCUCGUAUGCGCCCAUGUCUCCCGCACAUGUCGCAGUCCGUUGCGGGUGUUGUUGACGGGGUUGCUGGCCUGGUGUGGCGGCGCGGUGUUGUGUGGCUACUUCGUCACGAACAAAAGUUCAUUCCGCUUUCAGCUGGUCCUGGGGGGUCGCGUGCUCAGUGGCAUAGGCGACGGCAUGUUGCAGGCGUUGACCCCUUCCAUCAUUGAACGUGUGGCCCUUGAACACCAUCGCCAGCGAUGGAUGCGACUGUAUUUCGCUGGCGCGGCAAUUGGUACUGGACUGGGGUACGGUGUGGGCAACGUGGUCACGGCAGCGUAUGGUUGGCAGUGGGCGUUCUACGGGUACACCGCUGCCAUGAGCACGGUCCUGUUGUUGUUGUGUGGAGCUUGCUUGUCCCAGCAGUGGACCCAUCGGCGGUUGCCCAAACCAGCCCCACAGGAAUCCGCAGCAACGAUACAAGCUGACGAAGCCGUGUCGCUCUUGCUGUCCCCCACCUACAUUUUCACGUCGCUGGGUGCCGCCGCAACCCUCUUCACAUUGCGAGCGCUGGCGACGUACAUGCCAACGUGGUGGCUCUAUGCCCGCAUUUGGCCAACUGAACAAAUGGCAGCGACAGUGUACGGGGGUGUUGUCACGGUCACGGCGUUGGUAGCUGCUCCGUUGGGGGGAUACUUACUAACGUGGGCAUCCCGACGAUGCGUGUGCGACGCGAGUCAGCUUCGCGUGGCGUGUCGCCAGCAGCUCCUUCACGUCGCGAUUGGCGUCGGUAGUUUGGUUGGGAUGACGACUUUGUUGGAAAAUCAAGGCUGGACCCUUGUGACCCUCGUGGUGGGGCUCGUGAGUGCGUCGGGGGCGUUGAAUGCCACGUCAGUCGUGGUGUUGCUGAGUGUCCAAAAUGGGGGACGAAGUCGAGCCAUGCAGACGUUUGCCGUGGUCGUGCACUUGUGCGGAGACAUUCCGGCGCCCGUGCUUGUGGGGUGGUUUAUGGAUCAUCCUGGUGCUGCCACGUGUCUGAAUCAUAUGACGCCAUCGCAAGACGACGGGUUUUGCAUCGAAAACGUGCAAACGAUUCUGUUUUGGUCCGUCUUGUGGAUGGCCUGGACAGUGUUAUGUGGCCUCUUGGCCUAUGGAUUGUCCAUAGUCACCCCCUCGAAUUCGACUGGCGAUGCGCAACAUGGUGCCUACGUUCAGGAAACAACCGCUCGCCAGGCAUAAGCACACCAUCCAGCGCUAAUGUAAUGC